AUGGAGAAAACUGAAGAAGGGUAUCUUGCAGAGACCUUCCAUAUUCCGGUAGUCGUUACAAAUCAGAUCACAACUCGUUUCGUUAACGCGAGGAGUUCCAGUGGAAGUGCGGCUUUCCAGGACGUUGACGGCGCGGACGCUGAGCCGGACGAUGAUGACAGCAGUCACGUGACAGCGGCACUUGGUAACACGUGGUCACACGCGGUGAACACUCGCCUGAUUGUACAAUAUAUGGACGAAAGGUUUCGUCAGGUUUUGAUUUCCAAAUCUCCAGUGGCUCCGUUUGCGUCGUUUGUGUACACAAUCCAUGCACAAGGAAUAGUUCUGGAGCGUCAAGAUCCUCCAGGUCAAGGUGACUUCAUGAGGAAAAUAUCGAUUACUUUCUUUGAAAUAGUUUACGUGGUGUGUGUGAAAUUAUUGAGGAAAAGAUUUCUGGUGUGGUUACUUUCUCUGUUUUUUUUCCUUCAUAGCGUGAAAAUAUAGGGAAACGAUAUUUGUUAUUUGCCAUGAAACAUGUGUUAACUUGCCUUUGUGUACAAUCUCAAAAGUGUAUGAUAGUAUUCGAUCGUUGCCAUUGCGAGUCAUCGUCAUUGUCCAUCCAAAAAAUAACUUUUAGUAGCCACAAAAAUAUUUAGCUUCCAAAGUAUCGAAAAGUCAAUUCCGAGAAAA